AUGCUUUCCAUGAGUUUCCUUUCAGCUAUUAAACUGGCCAAUCGAAAUCCGUUACAGAAUUAUGAAAUAAUAUGCUGUGGUGUUUGUUCUAGUGAUUCACAACAUGACACAGCUAUUGUCUGGGAGCCUGCUUUUGUUAGGAACUCUAAUUUGGCUUGCAUGGAAGAAGACGUCUUGUACCAUAUCGCCCUUGGGAAUAGGUCACAUGACUUGAAAGAGAUGUUUUCUGAUGUAAAGUUUGUGUGUUUUGGAGGAUCACCAAACCGAAUGCAGAAAUUUGCAUUUCAACUGGUGGAUGAACUAAAAUACAAAAUGACUGCUGGACAGACGCUGUGUAAUGUGGCUGGAGGGUCUGACCGCUACGUCCUGUACAAAGUUGGUCCGGUUAUUUCCGUCAGUCAUGGUAUGGGUAUCCCUUCAUUGUCCAUCCUCAUUCAUGAGAUAUUAAAGCUGCUUCACCAUGCUGGCUGUUCUCCCAGUGAUGUUACCUUCUUCAGGAUUGGCACUAGCGGAGGUCUAGGCCUGGAGCCAGGGACAGUAGUGAUAUCUGAGGCAGCUGUGGAUGGCAUCUUACGCCCAUAUAUGGAAGUGGCCACACUGGGGAUGAUUAUUCAACAUCCUGCUCUACUGGAUCGGGAACUUAACAAUAAACUACUGGCAGUCGCCAAUGAGACGGGUAUUAACGCAGUCCUUGGUAAAACCAUGUGUACCUAUGACUUUUACGAGGGCCAGGCAAGACUAGACGGUGCUUUUUGUGAUUAUAAUCCAGAGGACAAGAUGGCUUUCCUGAAGAGGGCACAUUCCCGAAGAGUAGUCAACAUUGAAAUGGAGUCACUGUGUUUUGCUUCUAUGACACACAGAGCUGGAGUGAAAAGUGCAGUCUUGUGUGUAACAUUACUGGAUAGACUGAAAGGAGAUCAGAUCAACUCACCACACGACAUCAUGGAAGAAUGGCAGCAAAAACCCCAACGCAUUGUCAUCCAGUAUAUACGUAAACAGUUGGGUCUGGAGUAG